CGUGGCUCUGACCAAGCCACCCAAGAACAGGAAUAAUGGCUGAAAAAGUGUCUACAUUUUCACACCUUCUGGUUCCUAUUCUUCUCCUGAUUGGCUGGAUCGUGGGCUGCAUCGUAAUGGUUUAUGUUGUCUUCUCGUAGAAAGGCAAGAAGACAUCAGAUUGACAUCAUUUAGAAGAAUUAAGAAAAACAUGAACAUGACUGCUUAUUAAAUGUGUCUCAUGUUAAAUAACUGCAAUGUUUGACAUCACUUUAUAAACUUGGAUUAUAAACUAGCAACUUG